CGCUGCCUGGAGAGUAAUGUUACAGAACGGAGAGAGUGAGGAGGCUGCGUCUGGCUCGCGCUCUCACAGCCAUUGCAGUACAUUGAGCUCCAUAGAGACAGCGCCGGGGCAAGUAAGAGCCGGACGGGCACUGGGCUACUCUGUGCGGCGCUGAGGGAAAGUAAUCAAAAAUGGGCAAAGGUGAUCCUAAGAAGCCGAGAGGGAAAAUGUCUUCAUAUGCCUUCUUUGUGCAAACCUGCCGAGAGGAACACAAGAAGAAGCACCCAGAUGCUUCUGUGAACUUCUCAGAAUUUUCUAAAAAAUGCUCAGAAAGGUGGAAGACAAUGUCUGCUAAAGAGAAAGGAAAAUUUGAGGACAUGGCAAAAGCUGAUAAGGUUCGUUAUGAAAGAGAAAUGAAAACCUACAUACCACCUAAAGGAGAAACAAAAAAGAAGUUUAAGGAUCCCAAUGCACCGAAGAGGCCUCCUUCGGCAUUUUUCUUAUUCUGUUCUGAGUAUCGUCCAAAAAUCAAAGGGGAGCAUCCUGGUCUUUCUAUUGGAGAUGUGGCAAAAAAAUUGGGAGAAAUGUGGAAUAAUACUGCUGCAGAUGACAAGCAACCUUAUGAAAAGAAGGCAGCUAAACUGAAGGAAAAAUAUGAAAAGGAUAUUGCUGCAUACCGGGCUAAAGGAAAACCUGAUGUGGGCAAAAAGGGAGGAGUUGUCAAGGCUGAGAAGAGCAAGAAAAAGAAGGAGGAGGAAGAAGAUGAGGAAGAUGAAGAGGAUGAGGAGGAGGAUGAAGAAGAUGAUGAGGAGGAUGAAGAAGAUGAUGAUGACGAUGAAUAAGUUGGUUCUAGAGCAGUUUUUUUCUUGUCUAUAAAGCAUUUAACCCCCCUGUACACAACUCACUCCUUUUAAAGAAAAAAAAAAAUUGAAAUGUAAGGCUGUGUAAGAUUUGUUUUUAAACUGUACAGUGUCUUUUUUUGUAUAGUUAACACACUACCGAAUGUGUCUUUAGAUAGCCCUGUCCUUUAGUGGUGUUUUCAAUAGCCACUAACCUUGCCUGGUACAGUAUGGGGGUUGUAAAUUGGCAUGGAAAUUUAAAGCAGGUUCUUGUUGGUGCACAGCACAAAUUAGUUAUAUAUGGGGAUGUAGUUCAUUUUCAUCUUCAGUUGUCUUUGAUGCAGCAUAUGAAAUAAUUGUUGUUCUGUUAACUGAAUACCACUCUGUAAUUGCAAAAACAAAAAAAAAAAUUGCAGCUGUUUUGUUGACAUUCUGAAUGCUUCUAAGUAAAUACAAUUUUUUUUAUUA